GUUGCUGACGGCUGGUGUGUAACAACGUGUUUUCAGGAAACAUUAAGAGAAUUUAUCGGAUAUAAUGACAGAUUCAAUUCUAAUCGGCGGCUCCGAUAAAUUUUUAACUCACGCUUUACAACUGACAUUAAAAUCAGUAUAAGAUGUCUCAUUCAGUGACGAUUAGAACGCAAACAGUGACGAGCAGCUCGUCCACGAUCGUCGUUAAUACCGGUUACUUGAAAACUUGGAGUGGUAUUUUGAAGUUAUUACAAUUGGCACUAGGCAUAGUUUGCAUAGGAAUUGCUGGUCACGAAUUUAGUAACAAUUUAGUUUAUCGGAAUACCGCAGAGCUUUUCUUUCUUCUUAUAACGACUACUUUUAUGAUUGGCACUUUCAUCCUUCUUCUCAGUUGUCUGACAUCUUUCUCUACUGCAUCUAUUAUAUCUAAGACUAUCUAUGAACUUCUUUAUCAUUCCAUUGCAUUUGGAUUGGUACUUGCGGCCUCAUUGACACUCUUGGUACACGUCAAUAAUUAUAAACGUUACAAUGGUUAUGAGCUGUUAUUAGGUGCUUCUAUUUGCGGCCUGGUAAACGCGGGUUUAUAUCUCUUCAGCACAAUCAUCGCUCUUCGUACUUAUAGAGGGAUUUAAGUGGAGAAAUCAAAUUAUGCGGUUAUUAAAAAGUGAAAACAGAUUUCUCAUAUACAAGUCUCGAGCACAAAAACGUUUUAUAAGCAAAACAUAUUUUAGUAGUUACAUAACAAAUUUUGAUUGC